AUGAAUCAGAUGUUUACUUUUCAUCAUUUUGAGAGUAGAACACAUCAUGUUUUUGCUGUAAGAUAUCCAAAUCAUUUUCUGUUCGAAUUUAAAGGUGUAAGUCGUAAAGAAAAGGAAAUUUUGAUUGAUGUGAGUGUUUCUACUUCUUUAAAAGCAAGUGAUAUUCAAUCAAUUUUUGAUUCAAACAACGUUAAUAUUGAAAAGUUAGAAGAAAAGACUGACAUAUCUACUUCAGUUUACACUUUGAAACAAAAGUUGCCUAAAAGUGCAGACGCACAGCUCAUCAAACAAGGGAUUGGAUUGCUGCCAGAUUCUGAAGACAGAGUGUUCCUACUUUAUUGUGAGAAGAAAGUGGAUAUUUUAAAACCAUCAAGUGCGAACUCUUUCGCGUUCUUUGCCUCUCCUAAACCAAAAAAACCUCAACUCGAAAGCACUCAGCAAACUCAAGAUGCAAGUACAGACAAUCAAAGUACGAGAGAUGCAGAUGAAUAA